AUGUCGACAUCCGGAAGGUCUAUCGGGUUCUGUUUGCCUGCAUACAAACUUUGCCGUUCCGUUGCCGACUUGAUGGCCGACGGCCGCUCGGCCAAGUCAAGUGGAUCGGGAGGCAAACUUGGGCAGCGGAAACAGAUGAAGAGACUCACUACUAGCGAUACAGUUCAGCACAUGGAAAAUUCGACAAGUUCAGUCCGAGUAAUCUUCGGAUCUACAUUGACUGGCCAAGGCACGGCCGAUAAGAAAUCAUGA